AUGCAAACGAAAUUAACAAUAUCACAAAGAUUUCAAAAUUUUAAAAGCAGUGGAUCAGAAAAAUUGGAUAUUUAUUUAAAAAAAACGCAUGUGCUUAACCAACAAAAUCCAAAAAAUUUACCAAUAUUUUUUAUCCCAUUAAAUGAAUUUGAUCAAAUAAAAUUAUUACGUAGAGGUGGAGAAGGUGCAAUUUAUACAGCAAAUUGGGAAUUCGGUAUAAAUGGUUUGGGACCAGAAAAAGUAGUAUUGAAAAAAUUAUUAGAUAAAUUGCGUAUAUUAAAAGAAAUUAUACAAGCUAUAAAAGAUAUUCAUUCCGCUAAAUUAAUUCAUGCUGAUAUCCAUUCCGGUAAUAUUUUAAAAAGUAAAAAUUCCUUUUAUGUGUCGGAUUUAGGAUUAUGUCGAGAAGAAACAAAAGAAUCAAGUAGUAAUGGAUCGAUUUUUGGUGUUCUUCCUUACGUUGCCCCUGAAGUUUUAUCUAAUAACGAUUAUGGACCCGAAGCUGAUAUUUAUGGUUUUGGCAUCGUGGCUUGGGAAAUAUUAAGUGGUAAAAGACCUCAUGAAAACCUUUCUCAUGAUUUCGAUUUGAUACAAUUAAUUAUUAGUGGUCUAAGACCUCCUCUCGUUAAUGGCGUUCCAUUAGAAUUAUGGGACUUAAUUCAAUCUUGUUGGAAUGGUGAUUACACUCAAAGGCCAACCGCAAAAACAUUAUAUUCUAAAAUUGUUAAAUGGUUAUUAAUUGAUAAAAUUUAUAUAGAAUGGGAUAAUGAUUCGAAAAAUGAAAUUGAGAAUUUUACAAAUAUUUAUGAUGAUAAUUUUACAAAUAAUCAUUUUUUAUCUUCAUUAUAUGAUACAAGUUUUUCUGGUAUGACAAGUAUGCAAACAAGUAGUGUAAUUAAUAAUAUUGAUGAUAAUCCUGAUACAAGACAAAUUGAUCUUACCAUUCCGAACGGUUUAGCAGGAUCUCAAAGUUAUUAA